GCGCAUGCGCGCUUCUCCCUGAGCGGCGAGGAUGGCGUCCGGCGGGGAGUUCGGGGCGUCGUCGGGGCGAGUGGACGCGGGGGCGCUGAUGGAGCAGGUCAAGGUCCAGAUCGCGGUGGCCAACGCCCAGGAGCUGCUGCAGCGGAUGACCGACAAGUGCUUCCGGAAGUGCAUCGGGAAGCCCGGGAGCUCCCUCGACAACUCCGAGCAGAAGUGCAUCGCGAUGUGCAUGGACCGCUACAUGGACGCCUGGAACACCGUCUCGCGGGCCUACAACUCCCGGCUGCAGAGGGAGAGGGCCUCCAUGUGACAAGGGACAUUAAAAUCACUGUCUCACA